ACUCCUAUGAAGCAUUAAGCAAGAACAGUCUUUCGUCAAUUCCCGCUAGUCAAAGCUAAAAUCCAGUCAUCGAAUCGAAUCUCCCACUGAAACACCACCCAGUGGCACUACAGAUUCGACAAUGCGUCUCCCGCCGAUUCUUCCUUCAUCACUUCCAUCCCCCCAUUUCCAUUUGUGAAGGUUCUUUAACUAUUACUCCUUGCAGAAAACCCACCACCAAUGGCUUCUCCAGACCCAACCACCACCCUCUUCAAGAAAGGCUCUGCCGUCGAGAUCAGCAGCGACGACGAGGGCUUCCGCGGCGCCUGGUACUCGGGCACCGUCGUUCGCCCCGCCCCGUCUCGCGCCAAGGACAAAAGGGUCCUGGUCGAGUACGAAACCCUAACGGCGGACGAGGCCGGCAAAAAGCGGCUGCGCGAGACCCUCGACUGGGUGCAGCUCCGGCCUCGGCCGCCGCCGGAGACCCGCCGCCGGGGCUUCAAGUUCAGCGAGGAGGUGGACGCGUAUCACAAUGACGGGUGGUGGGAAGGGGUGGUGACGGAGGUGCUCGAGGGCGGGAGGUAUUCCGUGUUCUUUCGGGGGACGAGGGAGCAGUUAGAGUUUGGGGGGUCGGAGCUUAGGGUUCACCGGGAGUGGAAGGACGGGAAGUGGGUUCCGCCGUUGGAAGGAGAAGAGAAAGUUGCACCUCAGAAAGUGUCAACCGUAGAUAAAUUGAAGCCUAGCAAAGAGACGGUGAAGGCCAAGUAUAGCAAGGGGAUGCUAGUUGAAGUUAGCAGUGAUGAAGAUGGUUUCCAAGGUGCUUGGUUUGCUGCUACUAUCAUUGAACAACAAAAAGAGGACAAAUUCCUGAUCGAGUACAAGAGUCUGAGGAAUGAUGAUGAUACAGAAUUUUUAAGAGAAGAGUCUGAUACUAUGCAUAUAAGGCCCUAUCCACCUGCUACUUCAGUGGUUGAGUGUUUCAACUUGCACGAAGAAGUUGAUGCGUUGUACAAUGACGGGUGGUGGGUAGGUGUGAUUACCAAAGUACUGAAAGGCGGACAACGGUAUAUAGUAUACUUUAGGGGCACCAAUGAAGAAAUGGAGUUCAACCACUCUGACUUACGGUUACAUCAAGACUGGAUUGAUGGCAAAUGGGUUAUGGUUUCACAGUUUUGUAAAGAAGUUAUUGAGAAGAUUGUCGGGAUUGCUGAACCACAAGAUCUUGGGGAUGACGUAUCCUAGAGGUAGCGCUGAACUACAAAAUCUUGCUGUCAACAUAUCCUAAAGGCUCUGAAGUUGUAAGCACCGAGGGGGUGCGAGAGAGAACUUUGCCUUGGUUACCUUAGCUAUUAUAACCUAAGUUCGGCCCCGUUAUUCGGCGCUAUUGUUGAUGGUUAACGAACCAAUUGGUUAGAAAAACAAAACAAUGUAGAUAGUUAACUGUAUUGCCUUGGUGGCAGUGUAAUGUGUUCAUUUUCUCGAGUUGCUGUGUAUUGAGCUUGAUUUAGGUGUUGCAGACGUCACAUGAUUGAUAUAGUGUCUCAAUGUCAUUCUCACCGUUGGACAUUAAAAGAUAUUACGACAAGUUACAAUGGUGAA